AUGUUCACUGCAACUUUUUUGGCUUUGAUUCCCAAAUUAGAUAAUCUGGUCUUUUUGGAUGAUUAUAGGCCAAUUUUCUUUGUUGAUAGCUUAUAUAGAAUCUUGUUGAAAUUACUUUUGGAAAGAUUGAAAGUGGUCUUCGGUAAACUCAUCUCUCCUAGUCGAUCAACUUUUAUUUGUAUUAGAAACAUGUUGGAUGAGGUCCUUGUGUUAAAUGAGGUUAUGGAUUUUGCUAGAAGGAACAAAAUGAGUUAUUUGUUGUUGAAAGUGGAUUUCGAGAAGGCAUAUGAUUGUGUAUCUUGGAUUUUUCCUCGUUUCAUGUUGGGUAGAAUGGGUUUUUGUUUUAAAUAA